GGGUCAAUCGGGGCAUCAUUGAUCGGUUGGACAUCGAGGGCUCAAGCACGACCACUGUGAAGAUGAAUUUCUUUGGCGCCAUUAUUGCGCUCGCCAUCUGUGCGCUAUGUGGAUUAACCCAAGCGGAUAUAUCGCUCAAGUUGCAACAGCAACAGCAGCAGCUGCAACAGCCGCUGAUCACCAAGGAGCAGUACUACAAGACGGGCGGUGGCUUCCAGGAGAGUAGCUACGCCAAUUCCGGCUACCAGAUCUUUGAGGUGCACAACAAUUUCGCUGGCCAGGCCAAGGGUCCGGCCUAUUUGCCGCCUCAGGGUCAGAGUUCCAGUGGUCAGGGUCAUGACGACAGCUUGGAUCUGUCCUUCCUGAACUUUGCCGAUGCUCCAGCUCCAAGUCCUGCUGCUGCUCCGAUUUCCGUGCCCUUCCCUUCGAGCUAUCAACAUGACUUCCAGCGAAAGGCUCCGGCCUCGUCCUCUGGGGGUUACAGUGGCCAGGCCUAUCUGCCACCCACCAGCGCUGCCACGCCCUUUGUCCAGCAGCAGCAACAAGUGGUGCAGCAGCAACAGCAAGUGAUUCCCCAGCAACAGCAAGUGAUUCCACAGCAACAAGUAGUGCAACAGCCACAGCAGGAAGUGCAACAGCAACAUCAGGUGGUGCAGCAGUCACAACAGGUGGUGCAGCAGCAACAGCAGGUGGUGCAGCAGCAACAGCCACAAGUGCUGCAGCAGCAACAACCCCAAGUGGUGCAGCAGCAACAAGUGCAACAGCAAUACAGCCAGCAGAGCUAUGAAGCACCCGCCUAUCUGCCACCCAGUGCCGCCCAGGAGGUUGCCCAACCAGUGCCCAUCAGCUACCAGCAGCCACAGAAGGCUUUCCAAGGACCCACCUAUCUGCCACCCCAGCAACAGCAAGUGCAACAGGUUCAGGAGGUGCAACAGCAGCAGCAGCAACAAGUGCAGCAGGUUCAGGAAGUUCAGCAACAGCAGCAGCAACAGCAGGAGCAGCAGAUUGCUGUGCAGGCUCAGGGCCAGGAAUAUCAGGCUCCUGGCUAUCUGCCUCCUGGCUAUGACUUCUCCAAUCCCGAUCAGUUGCCUCUGUCGUUGAGCCAAAGUGUUGCCACCUCACAGAGUGUGUCGUCGGCUCAAAAUGUGGCCACAGCACAGAGUGUUGCAUCGGUGCAACAGGUUGCUGGCGAGUAUCGUGCUCCUGGCUACCUGCCACCUGGCUACGAUGCGCCAGCUCCACAGGCACCAAGCCAGAUCAGCUACCAGCAACCACAGCAGCAACUACAGCAGCAACCACAACAGCAGCAGCAGCAACAAGUAUAUGUUGCACCCACACAGGCAACUGUUAGCGAUCCUGGCGCCCUUCCCGAUGGCUAUGACUUUGUGAAGCCCGAAAAUGCCGAGGCAGCCAUUGCCGAGCUGCACAGCCUGCAGACCGCAACCAAACUGCUGAAGCAGCAGCAGGAGCAACAGUUGCUGUUGCAACAACAGCAGCAGCAGCAACAACAGCAGCAGCACCAGCAGCAACAGGUCGUGGUGCAGUCUCAGUUGCAGGUUGCCCAGCAACAGCAAAGCGCAGACAUUGUCUACGGUCAUCCCACGUUGCAGCAACAGCAAGCAUUCGCUCCUCAGAGCACACUGGCAACAUCCACGGCGGUUGGCUACCAACAACAUUACACGGCUCCUGGCUACCUGCCACCAACUGCCACUGUUUCGGCUCCAGCUCCUGCGCCGUCUCCCGUAUCCGUUUCCAUUCCAGCUCCAGCUCCUUUGGCUGCCCCAGCUCCUGUUGCCGUUGUCCAGGCAACAGCAACAUCUAGCUCCUACCAACAGCAACAGCAGCAGCAGUUCAGGGCAUCUGCCUAUCUGCCACCAACUGUUGCAGCUCCUGCUCCCGCUCCUGUCCAUGUGGCAGCUCCUGCACCUGCUCCUGCUCCUGUCCAUGUGGCAGCUCCUGCUCCUGCUCCCGCUCCAGUGCGUGUUGCAGCUCCUGCUCCCGCUCCCGUCCAUGUGGCCGGACCCGCUCCCAUCGCCAUUUCCCUGCCAGCUCCGGCACCCACCCAGGUGACCCACAUCCACUCCCUGCGGAGCUACAUGAACACCGUGCAACCCUUCGCCCGCUAUGCGCAGCCAGUGGCCGUACGUCAGCAACACCAGCACGUCGUGCAGCAGCAACAUCAGCGUGUGCAGCAGCAACACCACCAUGUGCAGCAGCAACACCAGCAGGUGCAGCAGCAACAUCAUCAAGUGCAGCAGCAACAGGUUAUCGAGGUGGCACCCAUGUACCGUGAGCAAUCGAAGCGACCACGCUUCUAUGCCCCAGCCUAUGUGAGCAAUGCUGUGCCCCGCCAGCAACAGCAACAGCAGCAACACCUGCACCACCACUACCACCACCGAGUGGUGCACAGCCAGAAGCUCCAACCACUUCCAGCUCCCACUCUGAACUUCAAGGCCCAGCAAUCGCUGCAGAAGUUCAUGCCCAAGGACGUUCAGGUGGCGGUGAAUGUGGCUAUGGCUGCCACCGCGCCCGUGGUUGCACCACCCGCCCUGCGUGGCAGUUCGCGAGUGCGCACUGUACAGAUCGUGAAGCCACAUGCCACACGCACCUUCAAGGUGCUGGAGCAAUUGGAUCAGGCUGGCGUCAAGACGAUCAAGAUCCUCGGGGCCACCAAUGAGCAGCCACAGGGACGCCACCAGGUCGUCAAGGUGGUGACCCAGAAUGCGCAGAGCGGUGCCGAGAGUCAUGUGCAGACGGUGAAGAUCUACGAUGAAGUGCAGCAGGUCCAGCAGCCACUGCGCCUGCAGCCACUGAGCGGUGGCAACAACGCCUACUUGCCACCUGCGCGUCCCAGGUCGAGGAUUGUGCGUCAGGCUUCCAAGCCACUGCGUCUCUAUCCCGUCGCCAGUCUCUAGAGGAUGGGGUCAUGGUCAACUCCCAGCACUGAUUAGUUGUUAAUUUCAUCAUCGAGCGUUUAACUAUUUUUUUUUCUACCUCAUUUCGCAUGCAUUUCUGUCCACACUACAAGCAAAUCGCUAUCCAAAUACCCCAAAUCGCAUUCGAAAUCUAAUCAUUUGCAUGCAAUAACAACCGAUUCGAAUUUCUUACCUAAUAAAUGUAU